GCUUUGGUUUAUAAACAGAAAUGAAAAUUACAACUCCUGUUUAACAUUCAACUGUUAAUUUAUCUUCAUCUUUUUUGUUUUUUUUUUCCAGUUUGUCAAGUUUUCUUUUCAGAGUCAUCAAUGUCUGAAGAAGUAACUUAUGCGGAUCUAAAAUUCCAGGACUCCAAUAAGAGAGAAAAUAUUCAGGAGUUUCACCAAGUUGGUGUAAAAGGUCCUGCUCCUCCCCAUGUGUGGCGUCAAAGAGUCUUGGCUCUGACUCUUUUGUGCCUUCUGCUACUGAUUGGAAUGGGAGUCUUAGGAACCAUAUUUUUCCUAACUUCGAAAACAGAAAUGGAAAAAUUGCAAAACCUACAAAAUUUCAAAGAAGAACUUCAGAAGAAUGUUUCUCUACAACUAAUGUAUAACAUUGAUAAUUCCAAGAAGAUCAGGAACCUCUCUAUCACACUGCAAGAAAUGACCACCAAAUUAUGUUAUGAACUAUAUAGAAAAAAACCAGAGCACAAAUGUAAACCUUGUCCAAAGGAAUGGAUGUGGCAUGAGGACAGCUGUUACCGGCAAUUUGAAAAAUCUCUGACAUGGCAAGACAGCGUCAUGUUAUGUUCUCGUCACAAUGCCAGUCUGGUGAAGAUUAAGAACAAAAGUGUACUGGAAUUUAUAAAGUCCCAGAAAUUAUAUAACUACUGGCUAGGAUUUUCUCCCAGAAACUAUAACAACAUAUAUUACCAGAUCUUGGAAGACACAAUUAUCUCAUCUAACUGGUAUACAGGAAACAAAAUUUAUUUAAAUGAUAGAAGCUAUUGUGGAUACAUACAAAGUAUAUACAUUUACUAUGAUUACUGUGCUAUCAGAAAAUUUGUUAUCUGUGAGAAGUUAGCUAAUGCAGUGAAGAUUGGGAGUACACUAAUUGAAUGAAGAAACACACAGAAGAAUGUAGUUAGUGUAUUUGUUUUGCCUUAGCAACUUUAGGAAACAUACACCCUGUGGACCACACAAACGGAAUAAAGAUGUUGUGAAACUAAAUUUCUUCCUCUCCCCUAAUAAUUUACAAUUUAAAAUUUCCUCUUUCUCCUCAUUUUCUUUUCUUUUUUCGGUACAUGCCCC